GUCAUCAGUCGCAGCCCGAGUACUGUUCCAGUCACGCGCGCAUGCGCAAAGCCGCCGCUGAUUCUGCAGCGUCUUUCCUCGUUAAGGAAUUGGCCACACUGGUUCCAUAAAAGAGAGAAGUUUCUUCAGGACUUUUCAAUCGUUACUAAUCACGACAACUACUGGAUUACCACCCGGACUGUUAUCUCCCAAUAAGUUAGGUUCUCGCCGUCUAUUGAGAAAUAAAGAUUCUGGUUACACACUCCUGUACAGUAGGUGGCAGUAUGCACCUUUAUACGAUUACAUCGGCUAUUUAUUUAUGGGAGAGGUGUGUGUCUCGGUGCGCGCGCACUGGGGGAGUGUUAAUGGCCCAGUCCUCUGCUGACGUGUAGUGGAACCCUCCCCUGGUGUUAUCGGUCCCUCCUCCACUUCAUAAAACCAGCUACGUCUUAUCAAGUUACUAGUCAUUGCACUGCCUGCGAUCGUCUACCGAACCAAUUCUGUAAUAACUGGUUUAAAGAGGGUAUUAUUAUCAAUUUAACCCCAAAAACGUGUUCUGGAAAGGGAGCGAGGUAAAAGAAAACGUUUACACAGGGCAAACGACACCUAUUUUCUCCACCCGGGUCGGUACGCUUGGCGGAGGGAUACAACCGACGUUAGCAAACAUCGGGAGGGCACAACCCGCGCGUAGUCGCUGAGUUCCUCUUGAUACCUUUAUUUUACAGUUUGUGCUUAGCGUUCUCUCAGGUCUGUGCUCUAAUUUAGAUGGCAAGCUUCCCAGACUCUGUAAACGAAAAUGAUAUAGGUAAAGCAAAGUUCAUCGGGGAACUCCUGGUGCCUGUUGCUCCCUUUGACCAGAAGUCUGGGCGUGAGGCGUGGACAGUAGCGUUUGCACCCAACGGUUCCUACUUCGCUUGGUCACAGGGGCAUCGCAUUGUGAGGCUCAUUCCCUGGGCGAAAUGUUUAAGAAACUUCUCGAUAGGGCACGGUGGGGAGGCCACCAAUGCCUUGAGCCCUCGGCACUUGUCACGUCAGAACAGCCGCGAUGGCCAGAUGAUCCCCGAAGCCGACGAGCCCCGCGAACACACCAUCGACUGCGGUGACGUCGUCUGGGGCUUGGCCUUUGGCUCCUCGGUGCCAGAGAAGCAGAGCCGCUGCGUUAACAUUGAGUGGCACCGCUUCAAGUUCGGCCAGGACCAGCUGCUCCUGGCAACGGGCCUGAGCAAUGGUCGCAUCAAGAUCUGGGAUGUUUACACUGGAAGACUUUUGCUGAAUCUGAUGGACCACACUGAUAUAGUGAGAGACCUGACGUUUGCUCCUGAUGGCAGUCUGAUGCUGGUCUCUGCAUCCAGAGAUAAGACCCUCCGUGUGUGGGACCUCAAAGAUGAUGGUAACAUGGUGAAGGUUCUGCGGGGCCAUCAGAACUGGGUGUACUGCAGCGCCUUCUCCCCCGACUCUUCCAUCCUGUGCUCAGUGGGCGCUGGCAAAGCAGUGUUCCUAUGGAACAUGGAUAAGUUGACCUUGAUGCGGAAGCUGGAGGGGCACCACAAUGACGUGGUGUCUUGUGAGUUCUCACCAGAUGGGGCUCUGUUGGCCACCGCCUCUUAUGACACCCGGGUCAUUGUAUGGGACCCCCACAAGGGCACUGUCCUGCUGGAACUCGGCCAUCUCUUUCCUCGUCCAUCACCCAUUUUUGCUGGAGGGGCAAAUGACCGCUGGGUCCGCUCUGUGAGCUUCUCUCCUGAUGGCCGCCACAUCGCCAGCAUUACGGACGACCGGGAUGGGAUCCAUAAUUCUGGGAAUGCAUAUCUCUCAACAGAGGUGACAUCCAGCCAAAGACAAGGCUGGUUCGUUUCUGGAGCAUCGAGGAGAGGGCUCCUCAGGCCAUCGGCUCCCUUUCCAGCGGCCUCUGCUGUGCCUUCUCUGCCGAAGGAAGUGUCCUUGCUGCUGGGACUCGUGAUGGUAGUGUGCACUUCUGGGAGUGUCCUCGCAGUGUGGCCAGUCUGCAGCACAUUUGUAGGAUGUCGCUGCGCCGUGUGAUGACCACCCAGGAGGUGGAGACCCUGGCUAUUCCUAUCCCACUCCAUGACUUCCUGACCUACAAAGUCAUCUAAACCCCUCACACGCACACAUGCACAUACAUACACAGACACGCACACACACAUACAGCACCUGCUGACCCAAGCGCACCUACCGCAGCAGCAUGCUGGGAAACCAAUGAAUUAUUUUCAGAAAAUCAAUCCUGUUUAUUUUCCAUUGAUCUUUGCUGAACAAACAAGAUUAAUCUGACCAGGAGGAAGAGUUGUACUGAACCCCCCCCCCCCCCUCAGAUCCCCUCCACAGCAGGAUGUUGUGUUGUUUGGUAAAUAUUUAUUUUUGUACGUACUAAGUAAAUGUGUUGGACAGAUAAUUAUCACACUAGGCCUUUUGCAGGGGCUUCAGGAACUGUUCAGCUUCUCCUCUUGCUGCAGCUCUCCACCAAGUUCAGUUAACCCUUCAUUUGGCUAGCUCUUAGUGUCAGGUUUGUUGUUAGCCAGUGGGUAAGUCAUAGGGAGGAAUGCCGUGGGGGGUCUGAAGACCUGAGUGAUCUGGACGGCCAAUACUUGGCCCUGUGAACUACAAACAGGAUGUGUUGUAUCUAAACGGCUUUCAAGCUAGCGCCACAAUCCAGAGGCCAAAGUGAUGCAUCAAACAGGCAGAUAUUAGGUCAUUGCACAGGUAUUUGUAUCAGCAUAUGUGAUAGUAGUCAAAUUACAGUGAUGCCAAAGAUUUAUUUUUUUUGUCCACCGGGGAGUAGGGAAGUUUUUUUUUUUAUUGUAUAAUGUCCUCUUACUACAUUUCUUGGUUGUAGUUAAUAUAAAACUCAUUUGAGGGAGCUGUUGCAUCAUUGUUUUGUUUUUUCAAGCUUUCAAAUAUCAAUAUAUACGUUAUGAUCUGCCAUUAUACUUCAGUAUUGUUCCGGAGACUUAUCACAUUUUGGAUUUGUUUUGGAGCAUUAUAGAGCGCUUGUCACGGUUUGGGUCUGCUCUGUCUUAUUUUGUAGUUUUCAUGUCUCUGGUGUUCCUGGGUAACUUCACUUCCUGCCUUGUCCUGUCUUCCCUUGUGAUUGUCUGCCGUGCCUGAUCGUUUCCACCUGUGUUCAAUCACCUGCACCUCCCUUGAGUAUUUAAGCCCUGUGAGUCUCUUGUCUUGUGUGGCGUCAUUACAUGUCGACCGUUCAUGUGUCACGUAAGUCAGGUUUGUGUUUUCAAGUCCAGGUCCCUGUUUUGUUUGUUUGUUGGUUUUGUUUUCUUACGCCACGACGACGCCGGAGCCGCACAGCUCGGCGCCCCACGCCACGACGACGCCGGAGCCGCACAGCUCCAAGACCCACGCCCCCAGCUCCAAGACCCACGCCCCCAGCUCCAAGACCCACGCCCCCAGCUCCAAGACCCACGCCCGUUCCGGCCCCCAGACUCCAGUCUCCGCCCGUUCCGGCCCCCAGACUCCAGUCUCCGCCCGUUCCGGCCCCCAGACUCCAGUCUCCGCCCGUUCCGGCCCCCAGACUCCAGUCUCCGCCCGUUCCGGCCCCCAGAC